GUUGCCCUGACUUCAAAUUUCUAAAUGAGAUAUUGAAUAUCGCUUGUCAAAAUCUGUUACACGUCAGUGAUUUGAAUUUUAAAUUCAAACCGAUAGUUUUUGCGCUUAUUUAUAACUUUAAAAGUAAAGGUUUCUUUGUUGUUAUCUGAUAUCAGUAAGCAAAAACCGAAUGUUAAUGGCGAUCAUUCCUAGCUUAUUCCACACAGAAAUGCUGCCACAGAAAAGGGUAUUUUUAUCACUGCGUCAUUAACACUAAGAAAGUAAGAUGAUCUUUAAUAAGAAUAGAUUUCUGAAUGUUUAUGUCCAAGGAUAUUCUAACAAGAGAUGGGGAACACAAAUGCCAAGGAAUCUAAAGAGAACUAUGGAUCUGGCGGAAUGGAAGAUCUGUCAUAUACCCGAAGUGACAGCCUGAUCAGCGCGCGCUCCCAAAACCCGGAAGUCAGCAGUCACGUGCUUCCACCACUGGCAUUUCAGAGAGUUAGGCGAUGUUUACUUCGUCUCCCAUUAGGUGAGGGACAGGAAAUAAGGGAGGAGGCAAUAGAGAGAGUCGCCAAACACAUUGUCGUGGAAACAUACGAUCCUGGCAAAGACAUAAUUCUAAAAGGUGAUUCCACAAAAGGGAUCUUUGUUAUUAUAGAAGGAAGUCUGAGCGUUCGGUCCGAGGGUGGGGACGAAAUUUUCUCCAACCUCAGUGAGGGCGACUUCUUCGGGGAAAUCUCGUUGAUAUUUGACAUCCCGUGUACUGCGAGAGUUCAAACAGAUACAAGUUGCCUUCUGGCUCACCUGGAGCCUCAUACCGCCAGGAGACUGUUCCACAAAGUUAGUGUCGAUAUCCUCGACUGGUUUGUUACACGUAGAUAUCUACCAAUAAGCAGCGAUAUCGACGUUGAUCGAUGUUUUCGGCGAAUGUCGUAUACAUACCUCAAAGCAUGUCCUGUAUUCAAAAAGUGGUGCGAGGAUUCUUUAAAGACUCUUAUCUUAGAUUUGGACCCGGCUAUGGUAGUAUUGUAUCAACCAAACACCUCUAUCAUCUGCAACAAUGACCCGCCCAUAGCUCUCGACAUCAUUAUCCGCGGAAGGGCAGUCAUCCAGGACGAACAAUCAAAAACAUUGGUAACCAUUGAUGUAAGUAACCAAGGAGACGACCCUGUUGUCAUUGGAGAGGAAGGAAUGUAUCUAGAACAGCCGAGCAGGGUCUCUAUAAUGACCACCACGUGUUGUGAAAUCAUACACAUCAAGGAGGAAUGGCUACAGAACACGCUGGAUAAGUAUCCAGAAGAUGCAGGGAGUUUCUGGAAACAAAGAAAGACAAGAUGGAGGGCACUAUUAAACAAGAAGAAAGAAGUUUAUCAACAAUAUCCAGCUCUUCUUCAAUUUGAGGUGAUCUACCAACUGCUGAAAAACAGCAGUGUUCUCUCCAAGUGUUCAACAGACUGUGUUCAACAUCUAGCCCUCCACGGAAUCCCUGAACAGUACCAGGUGAAUGACUACGUGUGCAUUCAGGAGGAGAUAGAUGAUGGUAGUCUAGUCUUAGUCUUGGUUGGAGAGUUAGAACUAAUCACGGAUCCCGAUACCAGAUAUGCCUACACCGUCAACGAAGGGGAAAUUUUCUGUCCAAAUGAGUGGAUGAAGCCCCGUGUAAAGCUGGUAGCUAGAUCUGAGAGUCUGGCCUUUAAAAUUGACAGUAGUGCGGUGAAAGAAGCGCUAAAGAAGAAUCCGGGUUGUGAAUUAGUAUACCCUGUUCAACCAUUAUAAAACAUGACUACCUCUUAAUGUAAUUUUAGAAGCAAUCAA